AUGGGUGGGAGCUGCUCCUUCCUCCUGCUGCUGCUGCUUCUGUGCCUGUGGCCAGGAGCCAGCUUCUCGCUGCUGCGCUACCGCUACGACUGCGGCGACCACGGCAUGCAGCUCCAGGCUUACCCCCGGCCCGGCCGCACCGUCCGCUUCAAGGUCAUGGAUGAGUUUGGUACCCGCUUUGAUGUGGCCAACUGCUCCAUCUGCCUCCACUGGCUCAGCACGGGCCUGGAUGGUGCUGUCAUCUUCUCCUCUGGCUACGAUGGCUGCCACGUCCUGGUCAAGGGCGAGCGCUACGUGCUGAGAGUGCAGCUGGAGGAGACACUGCUCGGCGGGGCCGUGGCAGCCUUCUACCAACUCAACAUGACCUGCCCCAAGCCAGGGAACUACGAGAGCCUCACGGAGGGCAAGCAGGCUGCUCAGGGCAACGGUGCCCACCAAACCCAGACUGAUGUCCUUGUGCCCCUGCCACAGCCAGGCCUCCUGCAGCAUCUCUCCCAGUCAUCACUCACCAUCUCCAGACCCCACCUCGGUCCCCAGGGCCACUCGGAGCAGGCUCACCCCAUAGCUCACACCCAGCCUGUCCUGGGGCACCCUGGGCUGCAGCCCCAACUCCAGCCUGCUCUGGUUCACCCAGGGCCUCCAGCACAGCCUGGCCAGGCUCACCUGGGCCUUCAGACCCAAACCCAACAGGGCUUAACACGCCCAGGCAGGCAACCUCCAGCCCAGCCUGGCUUGCUCCACCCUGGAGCUCAAUCCCAGCCAGGGCUCCUUCGCCCAGGGCUUCAGACCCCAAACCGGCCUGGGCUGCUAAACCCUGGAGCUCAAACCCAACCAGGGCUUCACACCCAAAACCAUCUGGGGUUGGUUCAUCCUGGAGCUCAAACCCAACCAGGGCUUCACACUCCAAACCGGCCUGGGCUGCUGAACCCUGGAGCUCAAACCCAACCAGGGCUUCACACCCAAAACCAUCUGGGGUUGGUUCAUCCUGGAGCUCAAACCCAACCAGGGCUUCACACUCCAAACCGACCUGGGCUGCUGAACCCUGGAGCUCAAACCCAACCAGGUCUUCACACCCAAAACCGACCUGGGCUGCUGCAUCCUGGAGCUCAAACCCAACCAGGGCUUCACAUUCCAAACCAGCCUGGGCUGCUAAACUCUGGAGCUCAAACCCAACCAGGGCUUCACACUCCAAACCGACCUGGGCUGCUGCAUCCUGGAGCUCAAACCCAACCAGGGCUAACCCAACCAGGUCUUCACACCCAAAACCGGCCUGGGCUGCUGAACCCUGGAGCUCAAACCCAAACAGGUCUUCACACCCAAAACCGGCCUGGGCUGCUGAACCCUGGAGCUCAAACCCAACCAGGUCUUCUUCAGCCUGGGUUUCAGACCCCAAACCAGCCAGGGUUGGGACACCACAGUGUCCAGUCCGGCUCAACACACACUGGUGCUCAAACUCAAGCAGGCUUCAUCCACUCAGGAGCUCAAGCCCCAAAUCCACCGGGCUUCUCUUCCCAUAGCCUUCAGACCCACUACCAAAAUGGUCUUCUCCACCCUGGCCUCCAGAACCAAGCUGGGCUGAUGCACCCCAGCGGCUCCCGAGGGGAUAGCACAGGGCCAGCACUCCAGUCCCGACCAGGGAUGGUACGUCCUGGACUUCAGGCUCAGCUCCACUCAGGUCUGGAACAUCCAAGACUUCGACCCCAAGCCCAGCCUGGUUUCCUGCGUCCUGGGCUUCAAUCCCAGGCCAGUCUGCUACAAUCCACAGCUCUCUUCUACCCCUCAGCAGGGGCAGGCACCCAGCUGACGCGGGAGCAGUGCCAGGUGGCAGCGGGGAAGAUGCCCUGCGUGGCCCCACAGGGUCGGGAGGCCUGUCUGCAGGCAGGCUGCUGCUACAACGACAUGGACCGUGUGACCCCCUGCUACUAUGGGAACACAGCCACCGUGCAGUGCCUGCUGGAUGGGCACUUCGUGGUGGUGGUGCCACGGGGCUUGGGCACCCAACCCUACAACCUGGACAGCGUGAGGCUGGCCAGCAGCCAGCCUGGCUGCGAGCCCCUGGGGCUGAGCGAGGCCUUCGUCAUGUUCCGCUUCGCCGUCACCCAAUGCGGCACCACCCUGCAGGUGACUGAGGACCAGCUGAUCUAUGAGAACCAGCUGAUCUCCACCCUCGAUGUUCAAGGGUCCACUCGUGGCUCCAUCACCAGGGACAGCAUCUACAUCCUCCAAGCUCGUUGCAUCUACAACGCCAGUGACCUCCUGCCACUCCAGGUGGAAGUGGCUGAGCCUCCCACCUCCACCUCCUUUGCCAUGCUGGGGCCACUGGGGCUCCAGCUACGCAUUGCCACUGAUGAGACCUACAGCUCCUACCACCCCAGUGGUGACUACCCCUUGGUGAAGGUUCUGCGGGACCCCAUCUACGUGGAGGUUCGCCUCCUGCAGAAGACAGACCCCAACCUGGUGCUGGUCCUGCACCAGUGCUGGGCAGCCCCCAGCACCAACCCAGCAGCCGAGCCCCAGUGGCCCAUCCUGGUGGACGGGUGUCCCUUCACAGGGGACAACUACAGGACCCAGCUCAUACCCGUGGGCCCAGCCUCCCCACAGCUGCCCUUCCCAAGCCACUACCAACGCUUUGCCAUCUCCACCUUCACCUUUGUGGAGCCCCCCUCCAUGGCAGCACUGGAGGGAGAGGUGUACAUCUCCUGCAGCGCUUCCGUGUGUCACCUGGCCCAGACUGAGCCCUGUCGCCCCUCCUGCCAGCUUGGGGUGCCCUCACGAGCACGUCGGUCUCCAGAAGGCAAGAGGACAGCUGAAGCUAUGGGGAUGGUCACCUCCCAAGGAGGUGUCAUCUUCCCAAAGGUCCCCAAGCUGCACAGAGGAUGAGACCAAAGGUACUGGCUGCUGCCUCCAGCCAGAUGCUGCUGGAGAUCUCCAGGCAAGCUGGAAUAAUAAACCAGUGCCCAGCAUGGC